ACUCUACGUCAUCAGCGCUACCCCGCUCUUUCUUCCGCGUGUUAGCAGCAGAACGUCGCAGCUCUUUUCUUGUUGUUGGUCUCAGCAGAAACAGCGUAGAGGAAGAUGGCUGCUGUCGGGCUGCAGAGGAAGAGGCUCCUUAGGGACGAGGACAUGACCAAGGUGGAGUUUGAGACCAGCGAGGAGGUGGACGUCACCCCAACCUUCGACACGAUGGGCCUGAGGGAGGACCUGCUCCGCGGCAUCUACGCUUACGGUUUUGAGAAGCCAUCAGCAAUCCAGCAGAGAGCCAUUAAGCAAAUCAUCAAAGGCCGGGACGUCAUCGCCCAGUCUCAGUCUGGAACAGGAAAGACAGCCACCUUCUGUGUGUCGGUGCUGCAGUGUCUGGACAUCCAGGUGAGGGAAACGCAGGCUCUGAUCCUCGCUCCAACCAGAGAGCUGGCCGGACAGAUCCAGAAGGUGCUGCUGGCUCUGGGGGACUACAUGAACGUCCAGUGUCACGCCUGUAUCGGAGGGACCAACGUGGGUGAGGACAUCAGGAAGCUGGACUACGGACAGCACGUGGUCUCAGGGACACCGGGACGGGUGUUUGAUAUGAUUCGCCGCAGGAGUCUGAGGACCAGAGCCAUCAAGAUGCUGGUUCUGGACGAGGCGGACGAGAUGCUCAACAAAGGUUUCAAGGAGCAGAUCUACGAUGUGUACCGCUACCUGCCUCCGGCCACUCAGGUGGUUCUGAUCAGCGCCACGCUGCCUCACGAGAUCCUGGAGAUGACCAACAAGUUCAUGACCGACCCGAUCCGCAUCCUCGUCAAACGUGACGAGCUGACUCUGGAGGGCAUCAAGCAGUUCUUUGUGGCCGUGGAGAGAGAAGAGUGGAAGUUCGACACUCUGUGUGAUCUGUACGACACGCUGACCAUCACGCAGGCCGUCAUCUUCUGCAACACCAAGAGGAAGGUGGACUGGCUGACGGAGAAGAUGAGAGAGGCCAACUUCACGGUGUCGUCGAUGCACGGCGACAUGCCUCAGAAAGAGAGGGAGUCCAUCAUGAAGGAGUUCAGAUCUGGAGCCAGUCGUGUGUUGAUCUCUACGGAUGUUUGGGCUCGAGGUCUCGACGUUCCUCAAGUUUCUCUGAUCAUCAACUACGACCUGCCCAACAACCGAGAGCUCUACAUCCACAGGAUUGGUCGUUCUGGCCGCUACGGCCGUAAAGGCGUGGCCAUCAACUUUGUGAAGAACGACGACAUCCGGAUCCUGCGUGACAUCGAGCAGUACUACUCCACCCAGAUCGACGAGAUGCCCAUGAACGUGGCCGAUCUGAUCUGAUGACGUCUCUCCGGAGCCCCGCCCCUUUUAUCUUUCUUUAGUUUAAAGUGUUUCUCAAUUUGAGGUGAAAACAACUGUAAGAAGCUGAUGUUUUUGUAAAUAAAGUUUAUUUUGAUUUCACUUAAA